UACUUCACGGGAAUGAAGUCACUCUUCGACUCCGACUACAAGAAGGCCGAAGAGUUGUUGGCGUUUGCCUUCAAUAAGUGUCAUCCGGAGGCCCAUAAGAAUCACAGACUCAUAUUGAUUUACUUAAUACCCGUCAAAAUGCUUUUGGGACACAUGCCCAGCGACCACCUCCUCGACAAGUAUCGGCUCCAGGAGUUCGCGCCCGUCAUUGAGGCCGUCAAAGCGGGAAAUGUGCGCCGACUGGACGACGCCCUCGAAGCAAACGCCCAGUUCUUCUGGGGAAACGGCAUUUACCUGAUCCUCGAGAAACUCAAAAUCAUUGCCUUCAGGAAUAUCUGUAAGAAAGUGGCGCUCAUUGUGGACACCCAUCAGAUCCAUAUUCAAGUCAUUGUGACUGCGAUGAAGCACUUAUACGACGAGAACAUCACCAGUGAAGAGGUUCACUGUAUUCUCGCAAAUCUUAUAUUUGAAGGCAAAAUCAAAGGCUAUAUUUCAUUACAACACCAAAAACUGGUCAUUUCUAAACAGAAUCCCUUUCCACCCCUUUCUUCUGUAACCGCAUAG